AUGAAUGAGCAUUUCAGUCUGGUCAUCCCGUCGGCCUUCAUAACCGUCGUCACGAUUGUCGGAUUCUUCACACCUCACUCGACGACAGGCGAGAAUACGGAGAAAGUCUCGCUCGGAGUCACCGCUCUUCUUUCCAUGGCCAUCAUAAGUUAGCGCUCUUUUUUUCCGAAUAUCAUCCAUGUAUGCCACUCGAAAUAGGCCACGCCCCUCUUAAUGCAAAGCUGCGGCUCAUCGGGGCCUAUUUCGGACGGGGGAAUGGAUGAUAUUUCGAAACACAAGUUUUUAGUGAUGAUGGUGUCCGAUGAGGUUCCGGCGACUUCCGAAGUGAUUCCGUUGAUCGGAAAAUACUACAUCGGCCUGAUAUUCCUCAUUUUCAUGGCCGCCUUCACGACGACGCUCACACUUUCGUAUCAAAUGCGCGGAAAUAGUGGACAAGAGGUGAGCAAAUGCAGAAAAUCCGCAUUUUUCGAAAUUUCACUCAUUUUUCAAUCAAUUUUUGCAGGUCGAUCCUCGAGUCCGCGACUUUUUCUUCUAUCAAAUCGCGGCGAAUCCGUGCAUUUCAUGGGCCUUCUCCUUCCAGUUGCCCAAGAAACUUUUGCGGUCGGAUCACAGAAAACAGGUACUUUCCCUCUUAUUUUGCCCCUCUCGCAACAACAAGAUCGCGUGUCCUCUGGGCGGUGUUGUCAUUCGCCUCGCGUCCGCUUUUUUCCGUGUCCUCGGUAGUAUAGUGGUGAGUAUCCGCGUCUCACAGGUAAAAUGCGGAGGAAGCAUAUGCUUCAAAAAUGCCUCAAAAUGCCAUAUGCUCGCAUAUAGGAUCCACAUAGGAUCCUCCGCGAGCGAAAAGCAAGAUAUGCCUCGCGCGUGCGUAGAAAGGGGAACUUCGGCUGCCGAAUCGCGCACGGAUGAAAUAUGCUUUCAGUCAUGCGGUAUCACUCGCUAUGCGUCGCGGCUUCGAGUGCAUUGAGCGAGUUCCUCCAUAACUCGAAGAGCAUAAUUCGUAGAAAAUAAUGGUCAACUACAAAGUUGAUCAGCAUGAGAUUUACUACAACUUUUCAGUUAAUUACUUCUUCCUGCAACGUUUAGUUCUUGAGAUACAGGCUGUUGAAAUAGUUAGUGGGUCGUAUCACAAAAACGAGCUGACUUGCAAACAGGUUGUCAACUGAAAAACGAUGCGCAAUGUCUUUAUCAAUAAUUCAUUAGUUGACAACGUAGCUAUAUCUUUACUAGAUUUCGUGAUGCAGCAAGAUUUAGAACUAUUGCUUUCAUCAGCCUGUAUCUCAAGAACUAAACGUUGCGGGAAGAAGUAAUCAACUGAAAAGUUGGAGUAAAUCUCAUGCUGAUCAACUUUGUAGUUGACCAUUAUUCUCUACGAAUUAUGCUCUUUGAGUUAUGGAGGAACUCGCUCAAUGCACUCAAACGCAGUUCCUACAUGAACCGAACGGCAGCACGAGCGGCACCACAGAAGCGGCGGGCAGCGGCAUGGCUUCCCAAGCAUUUUUUUCUGUGCGUCGAAACUUCUGAUGCGUGCCGUCGGAAGAAAAACUGAUUUAUCUUACCCGUUUUUCUUCAGGAUCGUGUUUAUAACUAUAAAAACUAACAAAGAGCAACAAGAAACUCCCAGAAAUGUAUAUAGGUCACUGGGAAAAAACCGUUUUGCGAAAUAUGGCAGUUUCGUGCUUGCUUUUUGUGUCUCUUUGUUAGUUUUCAUCAUGAUGAACUCGUUCCCAAAAAAGCAAGUGAAAUUAAUCAGUUUUCUUCCGACGGCACGCACCAGAAGUUUUGGCGCACAGAAGAAGGCUUGGGAAGCGCGCCGCCGCCCGCCUCCCGCCGCUCGCUCGCGCUCUCCGUGUUCCGAGACUUUAGAUGCGUGCCGUCGGACGAAUACCUAUUCGUUUCACCCGUUUUCUUCGGGAACGUGUUUAUAAUAAUCAAAACUAACAAAGAGCAACAAGAAACACGCAAAAAAUUUCCGAGGUUCAGCACGAAAACAGCUAAAAUGAAUCGGCAUUCGUCCGGCGGCGCAGAGAAAGAGGCUUGGGAGGCGCGCCGCCGCUCGCUCGCGCUUUCCGUGUUCCGAGACUUCUGAUGCGUGCCGCCGGAGAAAUACUGAUUCAUCUUACCCGUUUUCUUCAGGAACGUGUUUAUAAUGAUCAAAACUAACAAAGAGCAACAAGAAACUCGGAGAAAUGUCUAUAGGUCACUUCAUUAUGAUGUAAACUAACAAAGGGACACAAAAAGCGCUCACGAAACAGCCAUAUUUCGAAAAAAGCUAUUUCUCCAUUGACCUAUACACAUUUCUCCGAGUUUCUUGUUGCUCUUUGUUAGUUUUGAUCGUUAUAAACACGUUCCUGAAGAAAACGGGUAAAAUGAAUCAGUAUUUCUCCGGCGGCACGCAUCUGAAGUCUCGGAACGCGGAGCGGGUGGCAGGCGGCAGGCGGCGGCGCGCUUCCCAAGCUUUCUUCUGUGCGCCAAAACUUCUGGUGCGUGCCGUUGGAAGAAAACUGAUUAAUUUCACUUGCUUUUUUGGGAACGAGUUCAUCAUGAUGAAAACUAACAAAGAGACACAAAAAGCAAGCACGAAACAGUCGUAUUUCGAAAGGAACGAUUUCUCCAUUGACUUAUACACAUUUCUGCGAAUUUCUUGUCGCUCUUUGUAAGUUUUCCUCAUUAUAAACACGUUCCCGAAGAAAACGGGUAAGAAGUCUGAACUUUCUUGUUCUCUCACUGUCUUCCCUGAAAAAUCUCGAUGCUACUGUAGGGAUGCAGAACAAGCGAUUUUAGGAGCCUGAGCCUGUUCUGCAUCCCAGGCUAUGCUACUAAUAUGCUGGUUAGUCGCUGUUCUUGGCGAGCUCGCCCAUUUUGUCAUGCAAGCCUCUGGUAGCAGCAUCAGCAGGGACGGGAACACAGGUAAGCGCGCGCAUUAAUACGGGAAGGGUCACGGGUUCGGGUUUGUGGGAGGUUUCGUGGCGCGCGCGUCGCGUUUUCCAUUUUCGGGUGGGAAAGCAUAAAGCAUCCGCCGCGAAAGCACAAAGGAUCCGGCGCAUUCCAAGCAUAAUGCUUCCAUAUGGUAUUCCUAUGCUUUCCACGCGCGAUCCGCGUUGAAAGCACAUUAGACCCAUAUGCUUCCUCCGCAUUUUACCUGUGCUGUCACAUGCGAGACCCGGGUUCAAUUCCCGGCCGGGGAGAAAUUUUUUGAUUUUCGGACAUUAUUUUCAGAGCUUUUUCUUCAUCAACGGAAACCAUGCGAACGGAUACGCGAAGGGCGAACUUCGGCCGAUCACCCCGCCGGCGCACAUUGUCAAAAUGGAAGAGAUAACCGGCGGAGGAAGUAUCAAAAGCUUCGUAAUGUCUUCCGAUUCGGCGACGACGACGAAUCAGUUGACGUCGUCGCUUCUGAAGAUCAAAUUGGUUUUGGACGAUAUGAAGGCGUCCAUUCAAGCAGGUUAGCCGCUUUUUUCAUCCCGGAAAAAAGCUAAAACACGGAUGUUCGUGAGGAUUCGCGAGAAUUCCUCCUCCUCUCAAAUUGAUUCGAUUUCUGAUAUUAACAAGACAUCACUAAAGUUCCGGUCUUAUUUUUAGAUGUUUGAGAUCUUCAAUAUUGUCGAUUUCUUCAUCCAAACGUCUAAAAGAAUUGCAGAACGCGAGUUGAAACGCAUCAAAUUCGAGUGGCAACAAGUGACGCGGCUGAUCGACAGAUGCAUAAUGUUCGGCUACAUCCUCAUCACAAUCGUGUUCGCACUCGUCAUGCUCGCUUCCCGCGAACCGCCGAUUGUGCUCAGCGACGUUAUUAUGGACUCGGUCAAGAGCACUUGA